CGUGACUCGACUCGUCAGUGCGGCCUGAACGGUUAACCGGCCUACUUCUCUCGCGGUUUGCUUGUUAUCAUCUUCUCCAACUCUCUCUCUCUUUUACGUUAUCUCCCGCGAUUGCGUCGGCCGUUUAUCAUUCGCCGUCCAGAUUUCUGACGUUGGUGCCGUUAUUCCGACAACAACCAAAAAAAAAAAACAAAGAAAAGAAAAAAAAAACAGAUUAAUAUUUAUAAUUAUUUUUAAUAAUCUUUCUCUGGUCACAUAUUUUCUAUAAUUUUCCACCCUUUCUGGGUACCUUGCAUACAUCGAGAUACGAUACCGAACGAUUUUGAGGAAUAAUAACACACACACAGACAUAAAAAAAAGAACAAACGAUAAAUAAAGUAUCGAAGAGAGAAAGAGGGAGAUAGAUACAGAGAGAGAGAGAGAGAGAGUGUGAGAGAGAGAGAGAGAGAGAAAUAUUUUACAAAGGUGUUACCACAACUGGUCCUUCCUCGUACGAGUGGACGAAUCCUUGAUCGAAACAUCUCCGAAAGAAAAGGAAGGAAGGAAGGAAGGAAGGAAACUACGAAUAGUCUAAAGGACCGAAAAAGACUAUUUGCAUUUCGUCUCGCGAGGCAUGCCGAGAAUCCGAACGAGGAGUAAGAAUCGCGCGUAAAAGCUCGACACCAACUGUGGAAAGAAUAAACGCUCUCCUAGAGCACAGGCGAGAACAGGAUGCCAAGAAGUCGUAGUACAUUUCCCAGAAUCGAAGCACUGAUGCUGCUAAGUUUAGUCAUGCUCGUCUACCUCGACAUCUGUUGGUGUUCGUUAUCUCAUAGAAGCAGACACCACGCUGAGCUUUCUCACGAGGAAGUGAAAAAUUUCCGACAGGAUGAACAUUAUCCGAGAGCGGAAGCUCUUGGUUCAAAUCCUAACGAUGAUCCAUUGAUCGUACAAACUAGGAAAGGCAAAGUCAGAGGCAAGACAUUCACAGCAAUGACUGGAAAGGAAGUUGAUGCUUGGUUUGGCAUACCUUAUGCGCAAAAACCUUUGGGACCACUAAGAUUUCGACAUCCAAGACCUGCCGAACGUUGGAACGGUGUCCUCAAUACGACUACUUUGCCAAACAGUUGCGUCCAAAUUCUCGACACGGUGUUCGGGGAUUUUUCAGGUGCCACCAUGUGGAAUCCUAACACACCUCUAAGCGAGGAUUGUCUUUACAUUAACGUGGUAGCACCACGACCUAGGCCUACUAACGCCGCUGUUAUGGUAUGGAUAUUUGGUGGUGGUUUUUAUUCCGGCACAGCUACGUUGGACGUUUACGAUCACAAAACGUUGGUCUCCGAAGAGAACAUAAUUCUCGUCUCGAUGCAAUACCGACUCGCCAGUUUAGGUUUCCUCUAUUUCGGAACAUCAGACGUUCCCGGUAAUGCCGGUCUGUUCGAUCAAAUAAUGGCCCUCCAAUGGAUACGCGACAAUAUCGGUGCUUUCGGUGGGAAUCCUGACAACGUGACCCUGUUCGGUGAAAGCGCUGGGGCCGUGUCCGUUUCCAUGCACCUUCUAUCGCCAUUGUCCAGGCACCUCUUCAAUCAGGCGAUAAUGCAAUCGGGUUCAGCAACGGCCCCCUGGGCUAUUAUUUCACGAGAGGAAUCUAUAGUACGAGGGAUCAGGCUAGCGGAAGCCGUUGGUUGUCCACACGAUCGGGAUCAUUUGCAGGACGUUAUCGAUUGUCUGAUAGCUAAGGAUCCGAAAGAUUUGGUGGAAAGCGAAUGGGGUACAUUGGGUAUAUGCGAGUUUCCUUUCGUACCCGUUAUCGAUGGGACGUUUCUCGACGAAACCCCGCAACGUUCCUUGGCCACUUCCUCCUUUAAAAAGGCUAACAUCCUGAUGGGCUCUAAUACCGAAGAAGGGAUCUACUUUAUCAUCUAUUAUCUUACCGAAUUAUUCCGAAUCGAUGGUACCGAGGACGUCAAAGUUACCAGAGAACAAUUCGUCAAUGCCGUAUCCGAAUUGAAUCCUUACGUUAAUCAAAUAGGACGUAACGCUAUUAUAUACGAAUACACCGAUUGGCUUCAUCCCGACGAUCCGCACAUCAAUCGCGAUGCCAUAGACAAAUUGGUCGGUGAUUAUCAGUUCACCUGCAACGUCAAUGAAUUUGCUAACCGAUACGCUGACACCGAAAAUACCGUCUACAUGUACUACUACAAGCACAGAUCAGCGAACAAUCCUUGGCCAAAAUGGACAGGUGUUAUGCACGCCGAUGAGAUCAAUUAUAUAUUCGGGGAACCUUUAGACUCUUCUAGGGGAUACACGGAAGAAGAAGUUUUAUUAUCGAAAAGAAUGAUGAAGUAUUGGGCUAAUUUUGCUAAAACUGGAGAUCCCAAUCUCGGUGACUCGACCUCUUGGACGCUUCCUCAUUGGCCGAUUCACACUGCCGCUAAAAAGGAAUAUUUAACUCUUGACACCAACAAUUCUGACGUCGGUUAUGGCAUCAGAACGAGACAGUGCGCGUUUUGGAAAAGAUAUCUUCCGCAAUUGCUUGCCGAUACAUCGAAACUGGACCUGACAUCGAAGGAUACUUGCAGUGGUGCUAGCGGGAAUUACGAUCGUGGAAUAAACGGAGUAAUCGGACAAUCUCAAUUCCUUUUGGUACUGAGUUUAACCCUCGGGACAGUUUUUUUAACGCGGACGAGAAUGAGCUUAGGUUAUUCCGACACCGUAGAAGGUGCUCGUCUUUAUGAUACAAGAGGUCUCGUCUAGCUCCUGGUUACGCUCGUUUUACGAGCCGUCCUCGAUCCUUAGGGAAUUUCGAGUCGUUGAUUUUCAAACAAAAUUAAACAAAUAACAAGUAGUCGAACCGGUAGUCGAAGAACGAUAUUGAUAGUCGAGAAACGAGAAAUAUGCAUAUAUUACGAAAAUCAGAUCGAAGCUAAUAAUAAUAAUAAUCGUUAAAAUACUAUUUGCAAAAAAUAUAUACCAUAAUGGGUUAUCCGAUAAGAUAAAUGCAACAAGUCGAUGUUUAAAUAUUGAAAGAUAACGAAUAAUAUGAAAAACAAAAAAAGACAAAAAAGAAAAUAUAUAAAAGGAAGAAAUAAGAAGGAUAUAACAAAUUAAAAAAAUAAGAAAAGAAAAAAAAAAAAAAAUGGGGCAAAUCAAACAUAUCAAUCCGUGUAAACUCCUACGUCGUAAAACAAAAGGAGAUGAUAAUGGUGAUGAUAAUGAUGAUGAUGAUGAUGAUGAUAUUCGAAAAAGAAUUCUCGUCGAGAUAAACACGAAGAUAAAACGAAAGUUAAAAUCGACGAUGACAAUGACGACGAUAUAUAACGAUGACGUUGACGAUGACGAUGACGAUGAUGAAAAAUAAUAUCGACUAAAA